AUGAACAGAGUUCCCUCCAUCGCGAGCCAGAUCGCGCGUGUUGAUGCCUUGGAUGACCAAGCAAACGUGCAGCCUGGAGAUUCAUGGAAUGAGUCAUACAACAUCUCAUCUCAGCUCUCUACGACGAUACAACGCCAGGCAGCCUCGAUGGACUUGAAAUUGGAAGGAACACAUGUGCUUAUAACUGGCGCGAGUGGUGGGGUUGGUGUAGUCACAGCUCGACUCUUUUUAGAGGCAGGGGCUAAUGUGACGCUUCAGUACAACAGCACAAACUUAACGCUUUUACCCUUGCAAACAUCAUAUCCAAAUCAAUGUCACGCUCAUCCUGCUGACGUUACUUCCGAGGGCGAUAUAGUCACGCUCUUCCAAGCAGCAACGUCCCGAUUUGGGCCAGUCGAGGUCCUUGUCGUAACUCACGGUGUUUGGCCUUCGCAGGAUGUUGGAGUCAAGGACAUGUCACUGGAACGUUGGAGAAACACCAUGAGCAUCAACUUGGACGGGACGUUUUUGUCCUGCAAAUACUUUUUGAAAGGCAUCGAAACUGCCGUCCAAGAACGGAGGAGCUUGAGUAACGUGUCAAUUGUCCUGGUUGGAUCAACAGCUGGAAAGUUCGGCGAGGCCUGGCAUGCCGACUAUGCCUGCACAAAGUCAGCAAUGAUGCAAGGCCUUACCUUAAGUUUAAAGAAUGAAAUCGUAAAAACCCAUCCAAAAGGGCGGGUUAAUGCUGUUGCCCCAGGUUGGAUCCGAACCCCCAUGGCAGAACGAGCAAUGCAAGAUCCAACCCUAUUGUACCAAGCACUGGCCAGCACACCACUUAAAAAGGUGUCUGAGCCCAGCGACAUUGCAAAAGCCAUUCUCUUCUUGUCGAGCGAAGCUGUAUCCGGGAAUAUGACUGGGGUUUGUUUGGAUCUGAAUGGGGGAAUGGAAGGGAGGCUGUUAAACAAUCCACAAGAUUUCGCGUGAUUGGAUCAUGGUAAUGGAUAAUCGCUUGAAGGACGAUGACGAGAUUGCGAUAGGGGUCAGCAUUGGUUUCAACUAUAGGGACAGUUGUCAUCAUCAGUAACAAAAAGUCUGAUGUGCUAUUGUAAGAAUCUAGUUCAAAUACAGUUCCCAACGUUGGAC